GUCAUUUAACUGACGGAAGGACCAUUUUGGUACCAAAAAUGAAAGUCUGAGGAUAAUUUUGGUACUUUUUAAAGCUGAGGGACAAUUUUGGUACCAAAGUGAAAAGUUGAGGGACCAAAAUGGUACUUAAACCUUCUUCCUUCUACCAACUUAACUGUGAGGAAGGUUGUUGCUGAUUUUUUUAACAUUUGUAAAUUUGGUCCUUCCAAGCAUUUUUACCUUCUCUUAAUGUUUUGUAUUUGCUCUUGCAAGAUAAAAACAAGACUCAGAGCCAGGCAUAAAAGAGGAUACAAUUUUAAAAAAUGAAGUUGCUCAGACAAGUGUUGUGAAUGCAUGCAAGCGUGUCAAAUGUCAAUUAUGUCAUUCUGUAUAAGAUUUACUUAUCUGAUGUGUAGAUAACAUAUGUUGUGUAUAAAGGUUGAAUAAUUUUCCAGGCCUCUGGUUCUUCAAAUUAAACUGCAAGCAAUCAAUCUCUAAAACUUUAUGUGAUGUUGCUGCCACCUUGCUGAAAAGCCAAGGAGCCAAGCACAACAAUCAUCUCAAAAACCGUGGAGACAUUUUAGAUUUUUGUAAGAUCCAUACAUCAAUUCAGGAAUGCAAAACAUGGAUUGGAGUUCUUUUAGGUGUCAUGGUUUCAAUAGGGUUUGAUUGCUGUGAUUGUAGGCCAUCCAUUGGCCUUGAAACACAUAACCAAUGCUCAUCGAACAAGCAAAAAGCAAUUAGAAAGGCACUGUCAUCAAGAGAAAUUAAGAAUGAUUCUGGUUUGAUGACUAAAUGGAGAGAAUUAGAAGAAAAAGGACUUAAAUGCAAAGAGCUGAAAAGAUGAGGAUCUAAGGAUAAAUCAAAAGUUCUAGUUCCAGUUGCAAAUGGAUCCAAUGAGAUUGAAGUGGUUACAAUUGUAGACAUUCUAAGGCGUGCAAAGGUGGAUGUUGUGAUUGCUUCAGUUGAAAAAUCAUUGAAGAUUUCAGGGUCUCAAGGCAUAAAGAUUGUUUCUGACAAGUUAAUUGGUGAUGCAGCCAAGUCAACAUAUGAUUUGAUCAUUCUUCCGGGAGGAGAUGCUGGGGCAGAACGGUUACAAAAAUCUAGGAUUCUGAAGAAGCUGCU